AGUUGAUUGGUAAUGAAUUAUUAUAUUGUUAACACUUUGUUUGGAUGGUUGUUAUGUAUUGUUUUGACAUUUAUCGUAUUGUGUUGUAUUGUAUAGGAUCAAAUCAGUAGUUACAUAAAAUAGAACCUUUCGUCGUUACAUAACAAUAAAAUUAAAGUAGCAAUCAAAGAAAAUAUUUUAUUUAAACUAACAACAUAAUAUAAUACAAUAGGUAACAACCAUCCAAACAAGUUGUAAAUGAUUAUGAAAUGUUAAUCUAUACAAUUUUAAAAGCGUGAAUAUAUAUGUUAAAUAAAAAAAAUUAUCUUAAAAAGAAUAGUUAAAGUUCUUCUUUUCAUAAAUACAUAAGCUAACGAAAAAAAUGUAAAGUUUAUAGGAGAAUAUGUGGUCGACGAAUAUACUCUUUUAGUUUAAUUUUAUCGUAGUUGUGUUGGCUAUUUGGUCAACUAAAAAUGUAUCACAUAUUCAAAAUAGAGUUCCAAACAAAUAUUACUGCUAAAUUUCGAUUAGUUAAUAUAAUUUAUCUUUCAUUUCAAGAAUAAUGACUAAUUUAGUUUGUACAGAACGGACUCUUGCAUGGAUCCGAAUGUUCCCCCUGGGCCCGAUGAUCACCCGGGGCCCGAUGAUCACUCGGGGCCCGCUGUUCACCCGGGACCCGUUGAUAGAUCAGUAUUGUCUUUGCAAGACAAUCAUACGUCAGAGUUAUUAUGGGCCGGUACUAUAGGGAUAUCUACUAGGCUCCGUCCCCGCAGGCUGCAGAGAGCGUGGGCUCUUUUACGCGAGCACCCCCACACCCUCGCGUGUUGGAGAUAUUGUUUCGGGGCGGCAUGAACCGUUGCGUGUCCGUUGGUCGGGUACAACAUGAUUGGGCGCUCAUCACGACCAUGGUUGAGCGGUGGAGGCCAGAGACACAUACCUUCCAUCUUCGCACUGGUGAGGUCACGAUUACACUUCAGGAUGUAGAGGUCCUCUUUGGAUUGUGGGUUGAUGGAGAGCCACUGUACACUCGAUACGAGCCUCCUCCUGGUCAGACGUGGGUGACAGAGUUGACUAGGCUCACCCACUUCGUGCCUGAUGACGCGGCCCAGAUAUCGGGACAGAGUCGGGUUUAGCUUAGUGCACUCUGCACUUAUUUGGAGGGUCUGGAUCCGGUUGACGACGGCACCCCACAGGACGAUGUUGAUCGUCAUGCCCGUUUGUACCUGAUUAUUAUAUUCGGGGGCAUCUUGUUCCCGAAUUCAUUGGGUGCCUUUGUCAGUUUACGUUACUUGGUUUUCUUGGAGCAUCUGGACCGCUUGGGAGACUACAGCUGGGGCGGUGCUGUUAUGGCAUAUCUUUACAGAUGCCUGUGCCGAGCGUCUAUUGGUGCUGUCAGAGAUGUGUGUGGAUUUUUUGCUCUUCUCCAGUUAUGGGCGUGGGAGAGGAUGCUGCCUUUUCAACCCGUACCUAGGCAUCACCUCGAGAUUGACAUGCCUUAUGCGAGGUGGUGGACAACGGGUUUUGACCGGGAUGUCGAUACGCACCACAGUAUUCUUCCAUUCCGGGACCAACUUGAUCACAUGACGGACGAUGCGCUAUUUAUAUGGACGCCAUACGCUGCUAUAUUAGAUAGUUUUCCCCCCUUUCUGUAGGGCAGGUCAGGGGGUUUGGAGGUCGCGGUGUCCAUUGAUACACCUGGACAUCGUAGAGGAUCACAUGCCCGAGCGUGUCUUACGACAGUUUGGGCAUACACGGAGUAUACCCCCUGAUGUCCGUCAUGAGCUCCGACACUACCAGCGGGAAGAUCGGGCUGUCGUUGAUGAUGAUUUUUUGGCUUUCAUGGAUGUCCAGCUCCACCGUUGGGAGAACAGGUUGGGCACUUUAGCGGUGGUCGGCCAUUUGACUCCCAUUGAGCAUUACAUGCGCUGGUAUCAUCAGAUCACACGCCGAUUGAUCGGCAACCCAACUUUGCGUCCCCCUAGGGAUGUAGGAUAUUCAGCACUCGCGGGGCAGUACGAGGCAUUGCUGGUGGCCGUACAACGUUUACGCAUCUUGGGGUUAGAGCAUAUGCCUUACCCUGGGCUUGUGGGGCUUGCCGCGGAGAUGGUUAGGAUUUCCGAGGAUGGUAUCCGCCAGGCAGGCGAGAUUAGGCGCAUGGCGGAACCUGUUCCGGGGGCUGAGUAUCAGGCAGCACCGGGUGCUCCCAGAGGAGGAGGCCGUGCUGCCGGAGGACGCCGUGCGCGUAGAGGAUGCCGCGUUGCUGCUAGAGGACCUAGUGGUUGGGGACUGGUAGAUGAGGCGGAUGAGGCCGAUCCCAUUCCAGAGGGCGUUCACAGUCUAGUCCAUCCGCAGCCCUUCCAGGCCGGUGGCAGCUCACCUGGGGACUCACCUACGUUUUCGCUGGCGCUCUUACUUGCUGAGAUACCCGGGUCUUCAUCACAGCCGAGCCAGAAUGCAUACAUGGAGGAGCGUGAUAACGUUGAUUGGGCGGCGUUACGCACUUCAUUAGCUGAUGAGCGGCCUGUGAGGAAUUUAGAGGGAGCCCGGAUUCUUGACUUCGAUGAGUUUUUGAUCCCGGAUUCGGCGCCAGCGGGUCCACCAGAGCCACCCAUUCAGGCAUUUUCUCAUGGGCCUGCCGAGCCAGCGAUGUCUUCCCAUGUGACUGUCGAGCCACAUGAUUCGGCGCCAGUGGGUCCACAGGAGCUGCCCAUUCCCGAGCAUUCUCAUCAGCCUGCCGAGGCAGAGGUGUCUUCUCAUGAGACUACCGAGGCGCAUCAUGUCGUCCAGGAGACUAGCUCAUAUUCACCACCACACCCAUCUCAGGAGCCUACAGACCCUUCUCAGGAGCCUACUCAGGCGCCCGUUGACACACAGGUUCGUCCUUCGGCGCCUGCGGUGGCGACUCCCGACGAGGAAGAGGUCGAGUUUCCAGACCCAGCUUAGCCUGAGGUUCUGAGCGUGCCAGCGGGACUAGAUCCCAAGAAGAAGCACGUUCUCGUUAAGGGCGCAAGGGCUAGGGGAAGAGGAGAUGAUCAUAACUUGGAGCGCCCGGUUAUUAAGAGGAAAAAAGGCGAUGGAGACGAUGACGAGGGCGGUGGGGAUGGCAUGAGCCUUAGGCCCAGGAAUAGUCUCCGGCAUACUACAUGUGGGACCCAUCCUCGAUAGUGUAUAUACAUUAGUGUUGUACAAUUUAUUGUAAAUAUUAUCUAUUU